AUGGCAGCAUUCGCGCAGUACACCCUGUCAACAGGGUGGUACUUUAAAGAUAGAGAUGAGCUUGCCUCAGAAGCAUGGAUGCCAGUUCCUGUGGUUCCGUCUGUCGUUCACCAGGACCUACAGGCGAAUGGAAAGCUGAAAAACCCAUACGUGGGAUUUAAUGAACUAGACGCCCGAUGGGUCAACGAAAAGUCAUGGACAUACCGCAAGAUACUGCAAAAGCCAACUGUCCUUGCCGGAUCAAGAAUCGUUUUGGCGUUCGAUGGUCUUGAUACAUUUGCCAAAGUCAAACUUGACAACAAUAUCAUCCUGGAGAGUAGUAACAUGUUCCAGGCCUAUCGAGUAGAUGUCACCAAGGCCCUGGACUGCGGGGAUGAGCACGUUCUGGAGAUUGAAUUUGAUUGUGCGAUGUUGCGUGCCCAGGAACUUCGAAAACAGGACCCGAACCACAACUGGGCCUCUUUUAACGGAGAUCCUGCGAGGAUGAGUGUUAGGAAGGCUCAGUAUCAUUGGGGCUGGGAUUGGGGACCGGUCCUCAUGACUGCAGGUAUCUGGCGAGCAGUGAGGUUAGAAGUUUACUCCACAAGGUUGGCAGAUCUCUGGACGGAGAUCAACCUAGACCCCACUCACAAAACUGCCUCCAUUUCAGCAUUUACAGAGCUUGAAUCUGUUGAUCUUGACCCCUCAUACAAAGUCAAAUUCACGAUCACUCUACAUGGGAAGCAAAUUGCUCAAGCAGAGGCCACACCUCAAGAGGGGAGGGCAAAGGUGGAAUUCAACAUAGAUCAGCCUUGCCUUUGGUGGCCCCAUGGAUAUGGUGAUUCCACUCUCUACGAAGUCUCGGCAUCCUUGAACGCCGAUCAACUUGAACUCCAUAGAGUUACCAAGAAGAUUGGAAUCAGGACUGCGGAGGUCGUGCAGCGGCCAGACAAGCACGGGAAAUCAUUCUUCUUCCGAAUCAACGGCGUGGAUAUAUUUUGUGGCGGUUCAUGCUGGAUUCCUGCAGACAACCUUCUUCCCAACAUUUCUCCGCAGCGAUACCGAAAAUGGAUCCAGUUAAUGGUUGCGGGCCGCCAAGCUAUGAUCAGAGUCUGGGGCGGUGGUUGCUACGAAGAUGACAGUUUCUACGAAGCUUGUGAUGAGCUUGGUGUUUUGGUAUGGCAGGACUUCAUGUUCGGAUGUGGAAAUUACCCAACCUGGCCCGAACUGUUGAAAUCUAUCGAACAAGAGGCGAUCUACAACGUCCGCCGCCUGCGCCAUCAUCCAUCUAUUGUAGUCUAUGUCGGUAACAACGAAGACUACCAAGUCCAGGAACAAGCCGGUCUCGAAUAUAACUACGAAGAUAAAAACCCAGAGAACUGGCUAAAGACCAACUUUCCAGCCCGGUAUAUCUACGAAGAGCUGCUGCCAUCGGUGGUUGAGCGUUGUUCACCAAAGACGUUCUACCAUCCAGGUAGUCCUUGGGGUGAUGGCAAAAUAACUUCUGAUCCCACAGUCGGCGAUAUGCACCAAUGGAAUGUCUGGCAUGGCACGCAGGAGAAAUACCAGAUAUUCGAUACGCUAGGUGGACGAUUCAAUAGCGAAUUCGGCAUGGAGGCGUUUCCCCACCUGUCAACAAUUGAAUACUUCGUUGAGAACGAAAAAGACAAAUACCCCCAAUCGCAUGUUCUGGAUUUCCAUAAUAAGGCCGACGGGCACGAACGUCGCAUCGCUACUUACCUUGUGGAGAACCUGCGAACUGCUACCGACCUCGAGACCUACAUCUACCUCACCCAGGUUGUCCAAGCUGAAACGAUGAUGUUCGGAUACCGUGGAUGGCGUCGCCAAUGGGGAGACGAAAGACACUGUGGCGGUGCACUACUCUGGCAACUGAAUGAUUGCUGGCCAACGAUCUCAUGGGCAAUCGUGGACUACUUCCUGAGGCCCAAGCCCGCCUACUAUGCUGUAGCCCGUGUGUUAAACCCAGUCGCCGUAGGUGUACGACGGGAACAUCACGACUGGAGCAUCACACACGCGCAGCCCCCAAAGACAAGCAAGUAUGAGCUCUGGGUGGUGAGUUCACUACAGAAGCCCGCAUCCGGAAAAGUUGAGCUCAGAUUCCUCUCCGUGGACACUGGACGAGAAAUCCGGGAGCGGAUCGUGCGAGAAAACGUCGACAUAGUGCCCAAUGGCACUACGAACCUUAUCACCGACGGACUCAUCGACCACACCGUUGAUGCAGAACCACACGUCCUCGCUGCUCGACUGUGGGUGGAUGGCGAGAUUGUUGCGCGGGACGUGGAUUGGCCUCAGCCUUUCAAGUAUCUUGAUUUUGCGGAUCGUGGACUUGAGGUUAAGAGGGUUUCUGAAGCCUCUGAUCAGCAGGUAUUCCAAAUCAGCACCGAGAAGCCGGUCAAAUGCUUGGUCUUUGAGGAACGUGACGGCGUCAAAUUUAGCGAUAGCGCGAUGGAUAUUGUUCCGGGUGAUGUUCAGACAGUCAAGGUCACAGGACUACGGGCGGAUGAGAAGUUGAAGUACAAAUUCCUUGGCCAAUGA